AUGAGCGGCCAAAGGCAUGAUCCUGUUGCGUCGGCGAAAGCGCAAGAAGCUACGCACAAGUUUGGUUUUCGUAAUGCUACUAUCGCCGAUAUUCCCGCACUGCAGAAGAUGAUUGGGGAGUCGUUGAGGGCGCUGGGCAAAAGUUAUUACACGCAGGCGGAGCUUGACGGGUGUCCGAAUGGUGAGGGCAUUCAGAUCGUGCACAUGCUCAAAGAUCUACCUGGCUUGAGUGACGCGUCAAGAGAGUUGAGCGGAGACGAGAAGCUAACGAACAAGGUCGAGAGCGUGGAGGCUUAG